AUUUGCUUGUUCUCUUUCACUGUGGCGAUCGAGUUCUAAAACAAAAGAUCAUCUGAACAAUAAAAACUAAUCCAACUAAGACUAAACCUGUCUCUUGAAUCACAAUAAAUUAAAAAUAGAAUCCGAAACACCGAGUGGUAUUUAUUAAUUUUCUUAUGCAGUCCACGAGAAUCCUCAACGAUGGCAAAAACUGGUAAAGGUAAAGAUAAAGAUGGAACAUAUUGGUACAAAUAUCUGGCCAAUGCCAAGCGCGACCCAACUCUCGCAUCGACGUUACUCAGAGGUUUCGCUAAAGUGAAAUGCGGUGAGUCCCAAGUGCUAUUUCUUAUAAAAGCAUUGCAAAAAUUGGGCGCAUCUCUGGAGGUGGUAUCAAAGAGAGUAAAGAGCAAUCACAGAGCUCAAGAAUUGAGGAAUCUUGGAAAUUCCUUGUUCACGUCGGAUGCAGAUGCAGCUAGGGUUUUCGAAAUGUACACACAAAGCAUCUCCUACGCAUUACCUGGCUCUCGAGAAUUAGCAUUGGCUUAUGCCAACCGCUCAGCAGUUUCAUUCGAGAAAAAGAAUUACGAGGAGUGUUUGAUUGACAUCGGGAGAUCCCUUGAAAACGAUUAUCCAAAUGAGAUGCAGGCGAAACUUUAUGCUAGAAGGGUCAGGUGUCUAAUGGCUUUGAAAAGAUCGCAGGGAGAAGUUGAGAACGCUUUGAACGAUACUAGAAAGGCACUCUCGAAGAUGAGUGAAAAGGCGAGUGGAAGGUGUAUGGUUGUGAAGACACUGGCUGACAAGAAUCACAUGACUCCCAGGGACAACACGAAGGUUCUUUCAUUCGCCGAGAAACCGACAAAGGUGAAAUCCACAGUGGAGGACGACAAUUGUGAGAUACUUGGGGCCACGGGGAUCAAGAUUCAGUAUUCAAAUAAGUAUGGCAGACAUCUCAUCGCUACCAGAGACAUUCGACCUGGUGAAAUCAUUGCUAUAUUCGAUAACUACGCUAAUGCACGAUCUCCAGAGAAAUGCUAUCGUGAGUGUGCCAAGUGUACUAAGGCGACAAACGUUGGUAUUCCGUGUGAUAAUUGUGUCAAUGUCAUUUACUGCUCGACUUCUUGUCGUGAUGAAGCAUGGAAGGAUUAUCAUGAGACUGAGUGCCCUAUAUUGGGAGUAAUGUUGGACCUCGAUGCUCCUCCGAAGACACUGUUGAGCAUGAGAAUUACGUUGAAAGCCCUCCAAGAAACUGGAAGUGUUGGUGAGCUCAAGAAGACGGUGAAGAACAUUGACUCCAUUUCUGAUCCAAGAGUGACAGGUUUCACUGGAAAUGUAUUUGACUGCUCAAAGUAUGCCUCCAUUUACUCAUUAACCAGUCACUCAGGAAAGCCCCAGAAAUGUCACGAUUACUGCUUAUCACUGAUAUCAGCUUUUGCUGUAUAUUAUCUGGCCACACGAACUGAGAUAUUUGGUCGCAAAUAUGAUGCAGAUCUUCGAAUUUUCGACGAAAAUGCAUCGUUGGGCUUUAUUGCAGGGUUGAUGAUAAGAAAUGGUGCAAUCAUCCACGGGAGUGGCACAGAGGACUUUUUUGUUGCACCAUUCAUAGCCCUUUGCAAUCACAGCUGCAGCACUAAUGCGGUGAUACUGAGUGGCAGUAGGAGUAUUGCACUAGCAGUUGAACCGAUCAAAGCAGGGGAUCAGAUUUGGAACAAUUAUCUCGGCCUGAAGUACAGUCGUGUUCCAAAAGCAGAGAGACAGCAAUCGCUCCGGAAAGAAUACAACUUCACCUGUGAUUGUGUAGCAUGCGCCAAAAAUUGGCCAAUGUUUGACCAACUGCCCAGUUUUAGAACCAUGCCAGAGAUGUCCCCCAGAACUCGAGAUUUGGUGUGGAACGCCGUAACUACUUACUCCCUCAAAGCCAUCGUUGCUCAGUUCCAUGGAAAGUUCAUGGAAAUCAAGGCCGAUCUCGUUAAAGCACUCGAGUUACUUUUUGAACACGCCGGUCCUUGUCAGGAGCUGGUGACCUAUAAAGAUGAGUUGGCGAUCAUUGUGUGUCUAAGUCUCGAUAUUUUCUCAUACACUGUGAAGUUUGGGCAACGAAUUGACGCCAUCUGACUCCAUUUUUUUUUGUCAAAAUAUGUUCAAGUAACUUAACAAAGUUCAUUCCAAUGCUAUCAUACUUCAGGGCCCUAUAAGUGGUCUACGCUAUUUUUCAUUCAUUGGAUAUGAAGUUUUUAUAAAUGUUUGCAACUGCUGACACGAUACCUAAAUCGAAUAUUCUUUUUUAUGCAGUAAAAGCAUGAUGUUCUCAUGUGGUAGAUAUCUGCGUUGAACAUACAAUGCUCUUGUAAUCGUUAAAAUUCCACAUUUCUCAUUCUCAAAGUUGGUAUAUUGAGUAUAACACUCAAAUAAAAAAAAAAGUUUUGAAAUAAUAUUAUAAAAUCCUUGUGGACAAUGAAACGUCUUAAAUUGAUAUUACAUGUAACUAAUUUAUCAAUAAAGAUUAUUGAAAGUUUA